AUGGCCUGGCUGAAGCCGCAGCGAACCACCAAGAGCAACAGCAUCCUUGCCGCCCAAACCGUCACCGAACUGGCUACUGUCGCGAAGCACACAAAGCCCCGCAAGGGUGGCCGCCGUGGGAAGCGCAAAAUGGAAGAUCCAAACUAUGCCUACAACGAAGCACUCCAAGCUGUCGAAGCUCACGACGCGGAGGGCGAUGGUGAUGCUGAGGAAGACCACGAUGCCGUACUCGAUGAUGAAGUCGCAAAGAAGAAACAGGCCAUUGACAAGCUUGCUGAGAUUGAGAAGAAGUUCAAGCUGUUCCGCUCUGUGACGAGCAAAUGGCCCAGCUCGAACGGGAAAUGGAGAUGCUCAGGCAGCCAAAUUGCGUUCAUCCAGAAUACCUUGCCAUGGUCAAGUGUAUAG